AUGUCUAACACUAUCCUCUUCUAUUCACUCGCCGCAACAUCGAUAAUCUCUGCCUUGCUAGUGACCAUCCUCAAUGGCCUGGCUUUUGGAAUGCAUUCAUUCCAUGUGUCAGAACCUUCCCAUCGACCUAACCCGGGUAUGGCUUCAAUUGGUCUCGGUGUCGUGAGCUGUCUGGCACUACUUGUGACUAGUCUGCUGGUUCACCAAGAUCUUCGGGCAGAGCGUGUAUGGCCACGGUGGAAAAAAGCGAUAUUUUACCUGACUGGAGUAUACCUCAUACUUUCAGCCGCAUCAACAGCCGGAACUAUGUCUAUCAAUAUGGACAACAUACCAACACCGUUGUUGAUCGCGCGAUCCGUUUUCUGGGGAGUAUCCAUUUUUGUGGAAGGACUAUACUACGGCCUACUGCUGGUCAUCUCAUGGUCAAAUAAGCAUGGAAACGAACAAAACUGGCCUCAGUCUUACUCACAACAGCUCAAACCUCUCGAGUCUCCAAGCUGGAAUUCAGUAUCAUCGCCCACACCGGCAAUAUGUGAAUCCGAUCAAUAUCCCGAAAUGAAUCAUUUCAACGCGCGAAGAUCGUCGCUGCGGAAAUUUCCCCGCUCCAAUCGCUACUCCGGUAGCAUGCUGAGCGUGGAACAAUCGAUCAAUAAACACGUCUCUAUCGAGACGGCCUCUUCAGGAGCCUCCAUGCCCUCUCCAGCCAGCGACCACAUGAGAGACGCAAUAUUCGAAAUUGACACUCGCCCAUUACUCCGAGGUAGCAAUAGUAUCCUCAGUCUACCUAGUCUCGGCCAUCCUCCCAACUCGCUGGAUAGUCUCGUCCACCUGCCCUCUCCCGCCCCAUCUACAUCUCCAUCCACCGAGAUUCAAACUCCGCGUCAGUCAAUGGAUGAUCAAGACCGGUUAGCACAAGAACAGAAUAUUCACCCUUUGUUCCGGUCUACGAGCCCAUCACCACCUACUCCAACUCCUGGCACGAGGGUCCGAGCCUCUCCCUCAGCAGGUCAGAUCAUCACUAAGAAGACACUGACUCGUAUCCGAUCAGCACGAUCAUUAAGGGAGCAGAGCAUGCUUACCCCGCCAUUGCCUGAAUUUCAGAGUGAUUAUAUGCCCCGGUAUACAUCAUACAACCUGAGUGAAUCACCUCAUGAGUGA